AUGACGAUCCUCCUCCACGAUGUUCAGUACUUACUGCAGAUUCCUGUUGAGGGACGACUGAUGAGUAGGACUUCUGAGCAGCUUGACCAUCCGGAGGUGGGUUUGUGUGCGCUUCUUGGGAUGAACUCGGAGCAGUUGAGUGGUCGUUCGGAGGUCCCUGGAUUUGGUAGUAAGGGUAAGUGGUACGACAAGGGUGGUUUUCUUGCGGACAUGGCGUCCAGGUACUUGCAGGUGAACGGGACACAUGUGACAGAGGCGCAGUCGUACUUGUUGUUGAUGUUGGGGUCCACUUUGUUUGUGGACAAGAGUAGAGACAGGGUUCGGCCGGUGGUGAACCUAUUUUUGGACGAGCCAGGCUCCGGCCACCUUUUUCCGUCGGCCCGGCCAGGUUCCGGCCGCCGAAAAUUUUCGGCCCGGCCAGGUUCCGGCCGCCGGAAAAUUUCGGCCCACCCUCUGUUCGUUAAAAAUCGUCGGAAAAAUUGUUCGAAACUAAAAAAAAGUUGA